AUGCACCGAUGGAUCAUCACGCACGCCGCGGGGCUUCUGAUCCUGCAUCAGUUGUUCAUCUGGGCCACCGGCUACAACAUCGGGCAGCUGGGCGCGUUCCUGGUCUACUACUCUUCCUCUCGCUGGUUCAUGACUCGCCUGCUGAGGAACGUGUGCGAGAUGGGCCACUGGUACGGCCACUUGGACGGCGACGUCUAA